AUGUCUACCACCCAUCCGCAAUUUCUGAUUAAACGCCGCACUGGAAGUACACCAGAGGAAUUCUCAAAUCGUUGGUUCAGCCACGGCCAUCUAGUGCUUCCAUGGCAGCUGUCGAAUGGCGUACAGUACUACGCACAGAUUCAUCGACCCGUCUGGGCCUCUUCCGAGGCGGCCGCCUCGAAUCCUGGCGUGGAUCUGUCCGACUGGGACGGCGCUGCAGAGAUGGUCUUCCGGGAACAUACAGAUCUGGCGACCGCCACGGCAGGGGCACGGUACUUCGAAGACGUCAUCGUCAAAGACGAGCUGGAGUUUCUGCAUAGCAAAUCAACUAGCCAUGCGAAAGCAGUCGGUGGCGGCAGCAUCUCUGGCGAUCGUGUAGAGUUCAUAAAGGAUGGGAAACCUUUGGUGGAAUUUGAGAAAUGGCAGGAGCUCUAUGAGCAAUUGGAAGGCACUUCGGACCAGAAGUAG